AUCAAACCUAUUCAAAGUCGCCAUGCGUCGACAUAUCCUCAUUUUUGGUCCCUUAAAAUCUCCACAUCAGAAAAUCCAAAAUAAACUUUAAUAUAUUAACAUCUUCGUCAACUACUGGAACCCUCUUCCUCACUCUCUCCCUUUCUUAAGAGAAACAGAACCCAACCCUCUCCCUGAUUAAUCUAAUUAAAUUAAUUUAAUCCCAUGUUUACUCUUCCUAUACUCUUCUGGAUUCCUCUACAACUAAAUAGUCUUUUUCUUGUUUGCCUGCAUAUAAAUUCUGUCGCAUUAGACAUUCCUUUUCUUACUUGAACAAAAACUUCAGAGAAUCUCACCAAAUUCCGGAGGUUUUCUGAAGUUUCCUUCAAUCAUGUUGAUUUGCAGUAGAAACCCAUUAUUCCCAAUGAAUUUGGGCACCCAAAAUCACAUAAAAUAUCAAGCUUUAUUUUCAACAACAUCAAGAAUCCUAUGUUCUCAGCAGCAGAGCCCCAAGAACGCUAUGAAGGAAUACAGAAGGCCAAGGGCUCUGAGCCCCAUCAGCAUAAGCCCAGAUGAGAAAAUCUCUCUGAUCAGCAAACAAUCCGAGAAAAAACUAAUCUUGGAUGGGAAGAAGGGAUUUCUGCAUCAAGAGAUGAUGAUUCUGUGCGCGUUUGGUUACUAUGUGAAUGGUUUCAGAGGAUUUCCGUGGCUGGCGCUGAACUUCCACAUGGCCCAUAAUCUCUAUAUGAAUCCUUCUACAUUGCAGAUUGUGCAGAAUUUGGGCAAUCUGCCUAUGGUGGCGAAGCCCUUUUAUGGGAUCUUAUCUGAUGCUCUGUACAUUGGUGGUGCUCAUAGGAUUCCCUACGUUUCCAUUGGAGUGUUCUUGCAGGCGCUAUCUUGGGGUUCGUUGGCAUUAAUCCCGAAAGCUAGUAAAUUUUUCGUACCCCUCAUGGCGUGUGUGCUUCUGAGCAACUUCGGAGCUUCAAUUGCAGAAGUUGCAAAGGAUGCACUCAUAGCGGAGUAUGGCCAACACAACAAAGUACCCGGGCUCCAAUCCUACGCACUCAUGGCCUCAGCUGUUGGUGGGGUUUUGGGAAAUUUACUCGGGGGCGUUUUCUUGGUGAAGGCACUGCAGGCUAAAUCAAUGUUCCUAGCUUUUGCUGCUAUCCUCGUGCUCCAACUCACCGUGUGUUUGAAAACGAGAGAGGAAUCCCUUGGUUUGCCUCAGCCAUCAAACUACACUCUUGCGAGGGAAUCAAUCCCACAGAUCAUCAAGAAACAGUACUCCGAUCUUAUGGUGGCAAUUCAAGACGAGAGCGUGUUACACUCUCUGAUUUGGGUUGUUUCUUCGAUCCUGCUGAUCCCAACUCUAUCAGGCUCGAUAUUCUGCUACCAGACUCAGUGUCUGAAUCUCGACUCCUCAGUUAUUGGGAUGUCUAAAGUAACUGGCCAGUUGAUGCUUCUGUCGUUAGCUGUUCUGUAUAACCGGUUUGGGAAGAGUAUUCCGAUGAGAAAGCUGGCCAGCGCUGUGCAGAUUUCUUACGCGUUUUCUCUGCUGCUCGAUAUGGUGCUAGUCAAGCAGAUAAACAUCCAACUUGGGAUCUCGAAUGAAGUAUUUGCUUUGUGUUUCUCGGGUCUUGCAGAGGUUAUUGCGCAGUUUAAGCUGUUGCCUUUCUACGUGCUGUUUGCAAGUUUAGCUCCAUCGGGCUGUGAGGGUUCUCUGAUGUCGUUCGUGGCUUCUGCUCUGUGUUUGUCAAGCAUAUGCAGCGGGUUCUUAGGUGUUGGUCUAGCUUCGUUUCUUGGCAUCACAUCCGGUGAUUACUCGAACCUCCCUUUAGGCAUCGUGGUGCAGUUUUUCGCGGCCUUGCUGCCACUCUGGUGGAUUGAAUGUGUAACCACAUCUCAAGAUGUCACCGAGAAGACUGUUAAGAAAGGUAGAAGUAAGAGAACACGAAGGACUAGACGAGUGGGGAGAGUCUCGUACGAUCCUAUGUACUCCUAUCGCCGUGAAAGAGAAUCCGACCUACAAAGGUGAAAAGGCUUCUCUGAUAAUAGAAUGAAAUUUGCAGAUUUAGGUCUGGGAAUUGUGUCUUGGCAUGCGCAACAAAGGCGAGAUUCGACUCAUUGAUACUCGCCUUUGUUGCAUCCAAAGGCGCUGGCACGCAACAGCCGGUAGGUGGGAGUAGUAACUGACUGAGGCAGCAUGGUUUCCACCAGAAGGGCUGCAAACCAUCGCAGCUGUUUCGAUUUUCUUGAGGUACAGAUUCUUGGAGGCUUGAAAUGGCAAGUAGAAUCUUUCAUGGACCACUUGAAGGAUUCUCCACAUGGUUUGGCUCCAAAUUUGCUGCUUCAUGGCCCCACCCUCGACAUGCUUGCAUCGUGCAGCUGUAGCACGAAUGCUGCAAGGCUCGGAGCAUCUUCAACGUACGAGAUCCACCUACCAUGGCAACGGGUAAGCCUCCUCGUUGCUCAAGGGAUCGCUGUUCGAAUAUUAGCAUGUCACUAGAUUUAGUUCGAUUUUAAGAAGCUCUAAAUCUGCUUUUUGUUGCUAGUUUAGAAGAAUCAUCUUGUACUAGUAUUUGGUAAUUCAGCUAUAGUAUUAUGCAGGCAGCAAAAAGUUGGUAUGAGUUAUAUAAGGUGUAACAAAUUUUAGAUGAAUAUAGUUUUAAAAAUUUACUAAA